AUGGGAUACAAAAAAACGACGAAAUUGGGAAAAGAAGAAAGAGAAGGGAAGAAACGAAAAGCUACUAGUGAAGAACGUUUUUUUGAGGUCUUUGAAAUUAUUCUUAACUACAAUGGAGACUUUGAAUGGUUUGGUUAUUUUAAUGAGGAUGUGGCUGUCAGAAAAUUUCAUAUUGAGGAUAUAGGAUUAAAUAGUCUAGAUAAGUGGUUACUUGAAUUGAAGGUUCAGGGAUUGUUAAUGUAUUAUUGGAGGCGGGCUGGAAUGUAUACUGCAGAAUUAAUUCCUAUGGAAAACGAUGACCAUGUCAUGGACAUGGCACUGGCUGGGGCACAAGAUGGUAGUGUUGAUGUGUAUGUUAGGAAGUUAAGCUGUGAUGACGUGUGCAACAUAAGGCCUGUAUUUGGACAAACAUUAUUUGAGUUGAAAGAACUUGAAGAUGGGGAUGAUGCAUUGGAGCUGCAGGCUGUUGCUGAGGCUGAACCAGUGCAGGUGCUGCAGAUUGAAGGUCCCGGUGAACCAGUGGAGGUGCUGCAGAUUGAAAGUCCUGGUGAACCAGUGGAGGUGCUGCAAAGUGAAGUUGUUGAUGAACCUGAAGUUGUUGAUGAACCCCUGGAGAAGCAGCAGUCUGGUGGUUCAGACUGA